AUGGCCGACCCCCUGGGACUCCACCGCUGUCCUGUCUGCUUCAAGACGUACAAGCGACGUGAGCACCUACAGCGCCAUCGCAGCUCACACACGUCGGAGCGACGGCACCGCUGUCCCCUGUGUGGCGCCGCCUUCCAGCGCUCCGAUGUGCUGAGACGCCAUCUCCAGACCUGCUAUGGGCCCGGUGCACCACCCUCCAGCCGGCGCCGCGCUUGUGACCGCUGUGUCCGCCAGAAGAAGGCCUGCAAUGCCGCCCAGCCGUGCCUCAACUGCGAAAAGAGGUCGCUUGAGUGCCAGUAUUCGAACGGAAACCCGUCGACGUCACUCGUACCACAGCCUGCAGCACCCGCUCUGGAAUGCAGUCACUCGUACUCUCAAUCCAGCCUCGACAAUCACCCACAGUCCAGCCAUGCCGACCCUAUUGAUUUGACCUUCGACCUCAUUCCAUUUGAUGAUCUCGACGCCUUCAUCCAGCAGGCAGUCUCGCAGAUUCCAAUAUCGGAUGGCCAAUCAACCGACCCCUGGCUUGACCAUUCGAGCUUCCCACAGUCGCAGGCGACGGUCUCCCCAAGCGUCGUACCAUCGACGCGUGAGCAAAAUGCAACAUCGAGGUACCGCGGCUACUCGUUUCGCUUUCUGUCCGACUUGACCAGCAGGACCGGUUUGGUCACGUCGUUUGAGUGCGGUACCCUCGCCCAGCGACAACAGAUUGUCGCCGCGUUCCAGCAGUCCUACCUUGACCAGCAGUCCCCGGACUUUCUCCUGGGGGUUCCGUCGCUAUCCACCCCGACCAAUGAAUGCAACCCACAAAUACCAGCAGUUCCCCUGGGCCUUGUGUCUCCAGAAAUCGACAUCUCAUCGUUGUCCUCGUGGCCUCAAGACCCCAUUGUCAUCAAGCUGGAACAGGUGGUUCUUCUCGUCAAGAACGUGGUAAAGGUCAAGCCGCACAACAGCGCCAUCACCCUGAACUGGUCGGCGGCACUCGAACAGCGAUGUCGGCAGUUCUUUUCACCCCCGAGGUUCUCCAAAUUUAUCGAGCUGUACUGGUCGGUCUGGCACCCAAAUUUCAACAUCCUCCACCGGCCCACCUUUGACCCGUCAAGUACCCAACCGAUUCUGUUGGCCACGAUGGCCUUGAUUGGCGCCUGUGUCUCGCCGGAUCCGGUCGACAACGAAGACGCCAGGAUGUGGCUCAAUUGUGUCGAAGAGAUGGUGUUCACAGACGAUGACUUCUGCCGAGACAUUGACCCUCCGGCUGUCAGCGACAUCACGUUACCCAUCAACAGCCCUGAGAACCGGGCGAAACUCGAAGCCCUCCAGGCAGCCUUUCUCACCGCGAGAGACGUGGGCAUCGACACAGCACGGCACCUCGACUACAGCAUGCAGCCCAAGCAUGAGUUCGACUGGGGCGAGUACGUGAUGAGGGAGGGCUUGAUCCGAAUCUUGAUGUGGAUUUUCCUGCUUGACACGGCGUUUGUCAUCUUCAACAACCUCCCCCACCGGAUGGUCAUCAAGGAGAUGAAGAUGAACAUGGCGAGUCCCGAAGCCUGCUUCCAAGCGGCGACGGCUGAGGAGUGCAUCGACAAGAUCCACCGCUGGAUCCCGCCGACCAGCCCCUUUUGUACGCUUCUUUUGCGCGAGGCGAUCGAGAAUCUCUGCCUCGACACUAUGAUGCCGGAGUCACAGCAGCAAUUCUCGCAGCUCGGACCGCUCAAUCUGUUUGCCAUGGUGUCAGCGAUCCACUACAUGAUCUUCCAGCAUCAGAACCUCUUGGCCGUCGAAGGCCAGCUUGUUCCCAUCCGAAACGGGCUGCGGAACUGGAUCGAGAUCUGGGAAAAGUACGCCGAGAUGCCGCCUUCCUUGACGCCCCACGGCUUCCUACAAGAGGACUGCCCGGCGCCGGAGCUGAUGUGGAAGCGCAUCGGCUUUGUCCGCUUCUCGCCCGAAUACUGGCUCCUUGGAAGCCUCAUCACGGACCGACUAUCCGCGACGACAACAACAAGCACUUCGGCCGAUCAAGCUGCCGCACCUGGCACCUCUGAGGGUUUCUCUCAUCCUUCUUCGAGCUCAGACGCCAAGGCCAGGUUUAGCGAGCCCAUCCUUGGGAAGUAUGACCAGACGAGCAUGCGCCAGGUCAAUGACCUGAUUACCGACUUCCAAAAGUUCGGCAUCGGAUGA